AACAACCCAGACAAAGAAAAUACGCUAUAGAGCAGAAAUAAAUUACGAAGGGGCGCAAUGGCUUUGAUACCUAUUACGUAUGACUUCAAUCCAUUUUACCCGUCUGUCUAUGCCCCUGCUACACCUUUCAGGAGCCUGAUCUCUAGCGUGCUGAACGAUGAGCUACUUGGCACCGUCAGAGAUGUACCGGCUAAAUGGAGCCAUGCUUUUUACUUGGAUAACUUCAGACCGGAAGACGUAAAAAUGAGCGUAGAGGACGGCAACGUUAAAGUUCACGCUCGCCACGUCCGCGGAGACGACGAAAACGGGGAGAUGCGGGAGGUGAAACGGUGCAUCAAAAUUCCAGACGGCGUUGACCAGACCAAAGUUCAAGGAAGGAUGAUGAAUGACCGAACGUACGUUGUUGAAGCGCCACUCUUGCGUAAUGAAGCUGAGGAAGUGGAACUUAAAGUAGAGAGUGUUCCAGCCAUUACAGAUGGUAAGGAAAAAGACAUGCAGUUAGUCGAGAGCAAUAAGAAACCGUUUGAAACCAAACUGGACUUGUCAAUGUUUGACCCCGCAGAUGUCAAGGUCAAACGACGUGGAAACAUCGUGUCAGUCUCCGCAGAUCACCAGAGCGAGGAAAAUGGGAUGAAAAUAUCCCGGUCUUACAGGCGUGAGUUUAUCGUGCCACAGGGCGUGGACUAUAAGCAAAUCAAGUGUGUCCGGGACCCCAAAGGACGAGUGGCGGUCAUGGCCCCUAAAGCUGAGAAGUAAUGUGCCCUCGACAGCUGGGUAGGUGCUUCGUUAUAGAAAUAUAACCAAAUUGAACAUUUUUGUUAACCUAGCUUAUGUCAAUGUGAGUAUCCCUGUAUGUGGAUGUGAAAGAAACGACUGAAAACGUGCUUCUAUGUUGACCAGAAGAUUAUGUUGAAUGCAUAUGGUGAAAAAAAUGUACCAAGUUAAUAUUUGUUAUCUAUAUUUAGAUCGCAUGCAUAAUAUUUCCCAACUGUUUUUUAUUGUAAAUAUAUGUAGUAGAAUACUAUAGUUAUCAUUUUCAUUUUGAAACAUUUUUGUAUUAAUUGUUUAUAUAGCUAGUGCUUAGAAAAUGUUAAUUCAGAAUGUUAAUAUACAUGCAACGUUCAAUUAACAGAUCGCACUGUAUGUCGCAGGUAUAUGUACAUAUGUAUUGUAAUAACCUAUUUGUAUCUGCUUGGUUCCUUAUUUUACCUGCAAUUGACAGUAAUAAAAUUACUUUGAUUA